AUGGAUGUCGAUGCCUCUACCUCAUCUGCGCCGGUUGCGCACGAGAGCAUGACCUCUCGGGAUUACUACGCCGACUCGUAUGCACACUUUGGUAUCCACGAGGAGAUGCUCAAGGAUACCGUGCGCACGGGCACCUACCGCGCGGCGAUCAUCCAAAACCCGCACCUGUUCAAGGGCAAGACCGUUCUCGACGUUGGCUGCGGAACCGGUAUCCUCAGUAUGUUUGCGGCAAAAGCUGGUGCUGAGCACGUUGUUGGGAUCGACAUGUCGAACAUCAUCGACCAGGCCGCGAAGAUCGUCGAGGCCAAUGGCUUCAAAGAUAAGAUCACGCUUGUGAAGGGCAAACUGGAGGAAGCCGAGUUGCCGAUCAAGCAGUUCGACAUCAUCAUCUCCGAGUGGAUGGGUUACUUCUUGCUCUAUGAGUCCAUGCUCGACACCGUCCUCGACGCUCGCGACAAGUACCUCAAGCCUGACGGUCUUAUCUUCCCUGACCACGCGACCAUGUACCUCGCCGCGAUUGAGGAUCAGGACUACAAGGAAGAGAAGAUCAACUUCUGGGACAAUGUCUAUGGCUUCGACUACUCUUGCAUCAAGGACAUAGCAUUAAGAGAACCUCUCGUUGACACUGUCGAGUUGAAGGCCGUUGUGACCGACCCAUGCAUGUUCCGCGAAAUCGACAUCAAGACGGUAAAGAAGGAGGACCUAAGCUUCACCGCGCCAUUCAAGCUCAAGGCGACUCGUGAUGACUAUGUCCACGCAUUCCUGGCAUGGUUUGAUGUGUCCUUCAAGUGCACGCACAAACAAGUCUCGUUCUCCACCGGCCCUCAUGCGAAAUACACACAUUGGAAACAAACUGUCUUCUACACCCCGGAGACGCUCACGAUCAACGCAGGUGACGAGAUUACCGGCACCCUGAAGUGCGCACCGAACGCACGCAACAACCGCGACCUCGAUAUCACAAUAGCAUACCAAGCACCACGCAACGAGCCGACGACUAUGGAUUAUAAGAUGUAUUAA